AUGACAUUCCCCUGCCAAAACAGCGACCAGCCGGAGCCCCUGACCAACGCAAGCCAGACCCCUGCAAGACCCUGCAAGCACAAUGACAUUGCGGAUGCCAGAGCUACUUUUGAGGCUUCCUGUCCUGAUGGCCUGUGUCCAGGCUGGAGCAUCAUCCUCAAAGGAGAGGCGCCCUCGGAGGCAAACGAGUUCGAAAUCAACUUCCUGUGUGAGGAGGAUGACCGGAUAGCCUUCCACUUCAACCCGCGCUUCACAGAGUCGGACAUCGUCUGCAACUCCUUCAUGGCCAACCACUGGGGACAGGAAGAGACGUGCUGCAACUUCCCUUUUGGGGCCGAGGAACCUUUCCAGAUCGAGAUUUACUCAGACAGCGAGAACUUCCACGUCAACAUUGACGAGACGAAGAUCAUGCAGUUCAAGCACCGUGUGGAAGACCUGAAGACCAUCACGAAGGUCCAGGUGGUCAACGACGUUAACAUCUCCUCAUUAGAGAUCACCAAGAAGCACUUUUACUGA